ACCCCCUUUUGGAAACUUAUUGUGUAUAUAUUAAUAAUGGAUUUAUUGCGAUGUAUGGGUAGCAGAACUUAAAUGGUGAAACCACACCUACUAUUUGAAGGGGAUCAACAACCACCAUCUCUCUAUCCUUCAACAAUCACUUCUAGUUUUACUAGUUCAGUGUGCUCAGACCCCUCCCUCUCUACUGUUGCAUGUCAAGACAGACACAUUAUCAGCACUGUGCGCCAUGAAACCAGAACACCUGUAGAUGUCUAACGCAGACAACAAGCCCUCCUCUUAAACCCCGAAGAAAGCAGUACCUGCUACAGGACAUGUCUGCAAACCUUCCCGAAGAGGACCUCUCCUGUCCCGUGUGCUGCGACAUCUUCAAGGAUCCGGUGCUUUUGCCAUGUAGCCACAGUUUCUGCCGGAGCUGUCUGGACCACUUCUGGGAGAGCGUAGUCGUUCGCAGCUGCCCCGUCUGCAGGAGAAAAGCCUCCAAGAAAAGCCCUCUUUCAAACCGGGCCCUCAAAAACCUGUGUGAAGCUUUUCAGCUGGGGAAAGGCCAGGGCGGUGUGCCUGGAUCAAACACCCUGUGCUGGAGACAUGGGGAAAAGCUCAAACUCUUCUGUCUGGUGGACCAGGAGCCCAUCUGCGUGGUGUGCCAAGCCUCAAAAAUGCACAAAGGUCACGACUGCUCUCCCACGGAAGAGGCGGCUCUGGACUGCAAGGACGAAAUGUGUGCUGCCAUGAAGAUACUGCAACAUAAGCUGGAAUUAUUCAAUAAAGCAAGACAAUCUUCAGCCUUUACUUUGGAGCACAUUAAGAAUCAGGCUCAGCGGGUUGAGAGACAGAUGAAGGAUGAGUUUCUCAAGCUUCAUCAGUUUCUGUAUGAGGAGGAAGAGCGCAGGUUAUCAGAACUGAAGGAGGAGGAAGAGCGGCGGGUCGCGGCAAUGAAGAACAGAGACGACGAUAAUGGAAAGAGGAUAGCGUCUCUUACAGACAUGAUCAGGACAAUGGAGCAAACCAUGAACGCUGAAGAUUUAACAUUGCUGCAGAACUUCAAAGCUACAAUAGAGGGAACAUGGAGCACAUUGCAGGAUCCAGAAUGCAUGUCUGGAUCUUUGUUGGAUGAAUCUAAAUAUCUUGGGAAUCUUAAGUACAAGGUCUGGGAGAACAUGCAGGCAGUUGCCCCUUACAGCCCAAUAAUUCUGGACCCAAACACAGCCCACCCUUGCUUGACGCUCUCCGAUGACCUCACCAGUCUCCACUAUAGCACCCCAAACCAAGGGCUCCCCAAUAACCCUGAGCGUUUUCACAUCAGUGCAGAGGUGCUGGGUUGCACUGGCUUUAACUCGGCAAGCCACAGCUGGGAGGUCGAGGUUGGGGACAACGAGGACUGGAUCCUGGGCUUGGCCAGCGAGCAUGUGAAGAGAGAUCAGGAAGUACCUGCGAGACCAGAGAAUGGCUUCUGGACCAUCUGCCUCCGUGAUGGGCAGUACAGGGCUAUGGCAUCACCACCAACAUCUCUAAAAGUGGAGGACAAACUGCAGAGGGUCUUGGUUCAGCUGAACUGGGACCGAGGGGAGGUGAUUUUUUCAAAGCCUUCAUGUCAGGAAAUUAUUUACACUUUCAAACAGGUCUUUGCAGAAAGGUUAUUGCCAUACUUUUACACGCAAAGCAAGCAUCCUUUGCGAAUUCUAUCCAAGCCUGUGUUGGUGUCUUUAUGAAAGUAUCAUUUAAAAAAAAAAGAAAUUAUAAUUUUGAAAAUAUAUAUCUGUGAAACUACACAUUUGACAGAUGCUUAAAGCGAUUUAUGUUUUAUAAGUUCAUCCAUCUCGUGGAAAUCAACCCCUGAUCUUGCCAUGCUCUACUGUUUGAGCUAAAGCAGACAGUAUAACCUCUUAGUAGUACACUACACUUCUAUUAAAUAGAUGCACACUGCAUGGUAUUGGUAUUGAGUAGCCCAAAGAGUUCUCUAAGGGGCUGUUUACACGAAACAGUUUUUAACUAAAAAUGAAAUACUGUUUAUACGUUUUGGCCGUUUAUUUACAUAAAUGGGACGAGGGACCUUUAGGGGGUUUCAAAGUGCAUGUUUUUGAAAAACGUGAAAGAAAAACGUUGUUUUUAGUACAUCGAUGUUGUGUAAACAUGUCCUUAAUGUGCCUGUGACCUUGAUUUACAAUUUUGUUUUCUACACAUUCAUAUGCAAGCUUUUCUUUAUUGCUAUUAAAAAAAAAAACAUUCA